AUGUUCACCAAGGGCAUCAAGCAGGGGUGCAGCUCCUUCUUUGCUGCUAUGGCCCAACACAUCUUUCAGGAUCAGAACAAGUAUAGGGAGGUCAGACAAGCAGCAGCUUCCUACCUCAAGGAUCAUCCUGAGCUCAUGACCAAUGCUGGGGAAGGUAGCAGCCAUGCUGCAAGAGUAGAGUAUCUGAGCCUCAUGCACAAGGGGUAUGCUCAUGCUGACAAGAUAAUGGUUGCAUCUGUGGCUGCCCAGUACAAGAAGCCCAUCCUCAUCAUCACUCUCCAUGAUCACAAGUGGAAGGCUGUUGCAUUCCCAGGAGACUCACCUGGCCCUUUUGCUGGUGUUGUCUACAGUCAAGACACCAAGCACUUUGAGAUAGCCUUCCCUGCAGCUUGA